GGUGAAUUAUGAACGUGCCACAUCAUGAAGCUCUUGUGGCAGGUAACUGUGUACCACAUCUGGAAUGCCAUCCUGCUCCCCAUCAUCUACCUCACAGCGCAAGUGUGGAUUCUGUGUGUAGCCAUUGCUGCCGCUGCUGCUGCCUCCGCUGGGCCCCAGAACUGCCCCUCCGUCUGUUCGUGCAGUAACCAGUUCAGUAAGGUGGUGUGCACGCGCCGUGGCCUGUCUGAGGUCCCCCAGGGCAUUCCUUCCAACACCCGGUACCUCAACCUCAUGGAAAAUAACAUCCAGAUGAUCCAGGCUGACACCUUCCGGCACCUUCAUCACCUGGAGGUCCUGCAGCUAGGCAGGAACUCCAUCCGGCAAAUUGAGGUGGGGGCUUUCAAUGGCCUGGCCAGCCUCAAUACCCUGGAGCUUUUUGACAAUUGGCUGACUGUCAUCCCUAGUGGGGCCUUUGAGUAUCUGUCUAAGCUUCGGGAGCUUUGGCUUCGAAAUAAUCCUAUAGAGAGUAUCCCCUCUUAUGCCUUUAACCGGGUGCCCUCCCUCAUGCGCCUGGACUUGGGGGAACUUAAGAAGCUGGAAUAUAUCUCUGAGGGGGCUUUUGAGGGACUGUUCAACCUCAAAUACUUGAACUUGGGCAUGUGUAACAUCAAGGACAUGCCUAAUCUCACACCCCUCGUGGGACUGGAGGAGCUCGAGAUGUCUGGGAAUCAUUUCCCUGAGAUCAGGCCUGGCUCCUUCCGUGGCUUGAGCUCCCUUAAGAAGUUGUGGGUCAUGAACUCACAGGUCAGCCUGAUUGAACGAAAUGCGUUUGAUGGGCUGGCCUCACUUGUAGAACUCAACUUGGCCCACAACAACCUCUCCUCCUUGCCCCAUGACCUGUUCACUCCGCUGAGGUAUCUGGUGGAGCUGCACUUACACCAUAACCCUUGGAACUGUGAUUGUGACAUUCUGUGGUUAGCCUGGUGGUUGCGAGAGUACAUCCCUACCAAUUCCACCUGCUGUGGCCGCUGCCAUGCCCCUCUGCACAUGCGCGGCCGCUACCUUGUGGAGGUUGAUCAGGCUUCCUUCCAGUGUUCUGCUCCCUUCAUCAUGGACGCACCCCGGGACCUCAACAUUUCUGAGGGUCGCAUGGCAGAACUCAAGUGUCGGACUCCCCCCAUGUCCUCUGUACGGUGGCUGCUGCCCAAUGGGACAGUGCUCAGCCACGCCUCCCACCAUCCACGGAUCUCUGUCCUCAAUGAUGGUACCCUGAACUUCUCUCACGUGCUGCUCACAGAUACAGGGGUAUACACAUGCAUGGUGACCAAUGUGGCAGGCAACUCUAAUGCCUCGGCCUACCUCAAUGUGAGCACGGCUGAGCUUAACACUUCUAACUACAGCUUCUUUACCACAGUCACAGUGGAGACCACAGAGAUCUCUCCUGAGGAUACCACCCGCAAGUACAAGCCUGUGCCCACCACAUCCACUGGCUACCAGCCAGCUUAUACCACCUCCACCACAGUGCUCAUCCAGACCACCCGUGUGCCCAAAGUGGCAGUGACUACGGCAGACACCAAUGACAAGAUGCAGACCAGCCUGGAUGAGGUCAUGAAGACCACCAAGAUCAUCAUUGGCUGCUUUGUGGCAGUGACUCUGUUAGCUGCUGCCAUGUUGAUUGUCUUCUAUAAACUUCGUAAGAGGCACCAGCAGCGCAGUACAGUAUCAGCCGCCCGGACAGUUGAGAUUAUCCAAGUAGAUGAAGACAUCCCAGCAACCACGGCAGCAGCGGCUCCAUCCAGUGUAUCAGGUGAGGGGGCAGUAGUGCUGCCCACAAUUCAUGACCAUAUUAACUACAACACCUACAAACCAGCACAUGGGGCCCACUGGACAGAAAACAGCCUGGGGAACUCUCUGCACCCCACAGUCACCACUAUCUCUGAACCUUAUAUAAUUCAGACUCACACCAAGGACAAGGUACAGGAAACUCAAAUAUGACUUUCCCUACCCCCCAAAAAAUUAUAAAAUGCAAUAGAAUGCACAAAAAAAGGACAGCAACUUUUGUACAGAGUGGGGAAAGACUUUUUUUUCUUGUAUAUGCUUAUAUAUUAAAUCUAUGGGCUGAUAAGAGAAAGAUUAUAUUAAAAUUUAAAAACAGAAACAAAAUCAAAACAAAAACUAUUUUUUAAC